CCCUUUCUGGAUUGGCUGUCGGUUUCAUCAUGGAUACAGCAGAAAUCAGCGAAGCCAAUCUUGUUACACUAACCGAAGAUGCCCAUAAAUCAUCGGACGAUGACCUCCAACAACUGCUGCAAACCCUCCCUAAAGAAGAAGGUUGGAGUGGUUCCAGUUUUUAUCUCUAUCAAGGCUUUUGGUGCUCAGCUCGUCGUCUAAAACCAGUGAUUUCUUUCCAGAGACAUUUCCCAGCAGUUGAUUCUAAUGUUAUCGUCGCCAGUCUCCCAAAAUGUGGCACCACUUGGCUCAAGGCCUUGACUUUCUCAACUUUGUACCGCAAUCAGUUUGCGAGGGAUGAAAAUCCCUUGCUCAACUUUACUCCUCAUCAACUUGUUCAUCAGUUGGAGUAUGAUGUUUACGUCAACAACCCUUGUCCCGAUCUCGAAACCAUCUCUAUUUAUAAACCAAGGCUUUUUGCCACCCAAGUUCCUUAUGCUUCUUUGCCGAUUUCCAUUAAAGAUUCCCGCUGUAAGAUUGUAUACGUUUGUAGAAACCCCAUGGAUACGUUCAUUUCUCUUUGGCUUUUCAUUGAAAAGCUUCAAAACGAGAGCCAAGAGUUAGUAUCACUAGAUGAAGCUUUUGAAAAGUUCUGCCAUGGAGUCUGUGCGUUUGGACCAUUUUUUGAUCAUGGGUUGGGUUAUUGGAAGGCAAGCCAAGAAAACCCCAAGAAGAUAUUGUUUUUAAAAUAUGAAGAUCUUAAGGAAGACAUCAAUUCUCAGCUGAAACACUUGGCCAUGUUCUUAGGGGUUCCUUUCACAGAGGAUGAAGAGAAACAAGGAGUUGUUGAAGAAAUAGCAAAAGUUUGUAGCUUUGAGAACUUGAAAGAACUGGAUGUGAACAAGAAAGGCUUAUUCAUUCCUGGGAUUCCAAACGAAAGUUUCUUCAGGAAAGCGAAAGUGGGAGAUUGUAGCAAUUAUCUCACACCUUCCAUGGUUGAACGCUUGGAGAAGCUUAUCCAACAGAAAUUGGAUAAUUCAGGUUUAACAUUUAAACUGUCCUCCAAAACUUCAAAGGCAUGAUCAUGGGCCGUCCUUUCGGCUUUGAUGC